AAUCGCAUCAUCUUCUUCAUCAAAGCUUCUUUACUUUAUUUACUCAUUCGUUUUCCUGCGGUUCUUUCUCAACCUCUGUUGCAUAUAUAAAAGAAUUAACAACACUUAUUUUCUUAAUCUCUUCUCCUUUUUUUUGGUUGAGCCGAAGAAAAAAAGACAGAUGGAGAAUCCUCUACAGUUGAAGUGCUUGAAUCACAUUUCACUUGUGUGCAGAUCAGUUGAAAAAUCUGUAGAUUUCUAUCAAAAUAUUUUAGGGUUCUUUCCCGUAAAGAGACCUGGUUCCUUUAAUUUCUCUGGUGCAUGGCUGUUCAAUUAUGGCAUUGGCAUCCAUCUUCUUCAAUCUGACAACCCUGAUAGCAUGCCUAAGAUUGGCGGUAUAAAUCCCAAGAACAAUCAUAUUUCUUUCCAGUGCGAGAGCAUGGCGCUAUUGGAGAAGAAAUUGAAAGAGUUGAACAUAGAAUACGUGACGAGUGGUGUGGAAGAAGGUGGAAUCCGCGUGGAUCAACUCUUCUUCCACGACCCCAAUGGCUACAUGAUUGAGCUAUGCAAUUGCGAUAUCCUCCCUGUAACCCCAUUGCCGGUCGAUUCUAUCCAGUCAUCAUGCUCGCUGACCAACCGCAACGUUCGACGACAAAGGGAACAAGAACAGCAAGUACAAUUGCAGGUGCAGACGAUUGAGCAUGUUCUUUGGAGAAAUUAAUGGGGGUAGUCUGACCAAACUAGUUACUUAAGAUUGGUUAAUUGACCAACCUGACAACAUCUUUCGUUUUAACCUGCCAGGCCGUUGUGCUGUUUAUGAAUGAAACUGUACCCAAGAAAAAGAUGUUGUUGUUGUUGUUUUUGCAUAUAAAGAUGUUGAUUUUUUAAUUGAUAUUAAUAUAUUCAUUUUCUAAAGAAA